GCAUGAAGAAAGAAGAAGCAGUCACGACGGGGGGCACAGACGAAGGGACAGUGAAAAUUCCGAUAGCGGAAGAGAUGGUAGGGAAUAUAGGGAAUAUAAACGGCGAGAGAGAAAGCUGAGCUCAGGGUCCUCGUCAUCGAAAGGUGGCCCAAGGCCAGGCAUGCCCCGCUCCCAGGGACCCCCCAGGGCCAGGCAGGACAGAGGUAGCCGAGAGGGGUCGGAGUCGGACCGUCAUGACCAGGAGGUGACGGAGGAGAGUAAACCUGUACAAAGUCCACAGUCUCCUACUAAAAAGGAGGAGGUGAAGGUGUCCCCAGCACCCCCUCCGUCUGUUAAUAUUUGGGAGAAACGAAAACAGGCCUCCCAGGGGGAGCCACCUGCCCAGGGUCCCAGUCAGCAGUCGCCACCGUCAGCAGACGACAGGCAGGCAGCGCCACCUAGGAGAGUGGAAGCUAAUGAAUCUUAUGCUGACAGAUCUAAAGCAACGGCCUCAGAGUCUAAACCAGCCGCUGGUCCUCCCCCUAACGCCUGGUCUGCUGGACGUCCCGCUAUGAAUGAUACCAAAAGACAGCAGAACGGACCACAGAAUCAGCAGUAUAAGAAAGAAGGAGAGGAGCGUGGUUUUGGUGGCUCACACUGGGGACAGAGGCGUGGUGAUUCCGCAGAAAGAGGCCGGGGGCGGGGCUACAGUGACAGAGGUCGUGGAGGCCCCCGGGGGAGAGGCAGAGGAACCAGAGAACGACCCAUGCCCAGGUCGAUAGACGAGAUGCCAAAGUUUGAGGAAAAGACGCAAAGGGAUUUCAGUGACGGCAACGUCUUCUCUGCGUUAGACAUAGAUGAAGUAGAACCAUAAACUGGCAGCUGAAUUAGAGAGAAAACAACUUGAAGAACUUGGUAAACGUGAUGUAGACCUGCUGUUACGGAAUUAAGCUCAACAAACAGGACAAAUAAGCAGAGAAAAAUAUUGACAUACUGACGUGACCAUAGCUGACACGUGAGAGAGGAUUUUUUAAGGUCAUCUCCAUGGCAACGGGGUCACGCUAAGUUAUUUUCCCAUGACAACCUGAGACUAAACCAUGGGAACGUUGCAUGUGAAAGGUUUUGAUGAAGCAAUCCGUACUGUUGCUUUGGAAGAUUAUUAUUGUUAUGAUAUAUUUAUUUUUGACAAUGAAGAUAUUGUUUACAUUACCACGUAUGAUGGAUUGGCAUGGGUCAUUUGAAGAAGAGUGAGUAGGAUCUUGAAAUGACUUUCUCACUGUUCAGGUUUUAAAAGAGCAGUUUCUUACCAUUAUUUAAUUAAUUCAUUAAUUGCCGAACUGCAUACUGGGUUCGACAUUAGUCUCACUUGUGUAAAUUGUAAGGACUUGGAACGUCCAAUCCAUGUACAUUUUUCUGUUGCUUAGGUCUGUAUGUAGAGAAGACAGUAACUUUUCUAAUAAAGAAUAUUAUAUAAAAUUCGUUAUAGGGACGCGUGGCCAUAAGAAACGUGUAUUACUUCUUUUAGAAAAUAAAACAUUUUAAUAAUAGA